AUGGCUAGCGACAACACAGCAGCCUUGCUACAGAGAACAGAGCCGGUGCCUCGUGCCAAGAUGUCAGGAGGAACGACGGGUCCACUGCUGGUUGCAGUGUUUGCAGCUGUCCUGGGCAUGCUUCAGUUCGGCUUCAACACCGGAGUCAUCAACGCGCCGAGGUCCUUCAUAGAGAACUUCAUCAAGGAGAACUAUGAGGUCAGCUCGGAAACCAUGUUCGGGGUCAUUGUUAGUAUUUUCGCCAUCGGUGGAAUGAUUGGCUGUCCUCUAGCCAGUUGGGUGUCUGAUACUCGUGGGCGUAAAUUCGCGUUAAUGGUGAAUGCGGCAUUUGGAGUGGUUGGCGCUGUUCUGAUGGGCUUCAGCAAGAUGUCUACGUCACUGGCGAUGCUGAUCAUUGGCAGGUUUCUGAUUGGCAUCAAUUGUGGAUUUGCUACGACCGCUUCGCCGACUUACGUGUCAGAGAUCGCGCCGAUUAGAUUGCGGGGUGCCUUUGGUACUGUUAACCAAUUGGCUGUGGCGCUCGGUAUGACCUUAGGACAGAUUUUGGGUAUUGAUGUGAUCUUGGGGAGCGAUGAAGGGUGGCCGUGGCUUCUUGGGCUCGCGAUCGUCCCCUCGACGAUACAAUUCUUCAUGCUGAUCCUAGCUCCGGAGUCGCCUCGGUAUCUCCUUCUUGUUCAAAGAGAUGAGGAACAAGCCAGAAAAGUGUUGUCCAAUCUCCGUGGAACUUCCGACAUAAAUGACGAAAUCAAGGACAUGCACGAUGAAGACCAUGCAGAGAAACAGGAACAGAAAUUCUCGAUCUCUGAUUUAAUACGCAUCAAGUUCUUACGCACACCUAUGAUCAUUGGUAUAGUGAUGCAUCUCUCACAACAGCUGGGUGGUAUAAAUGCUGUAUUAUACUAUUCGUCGUCUAUCUUUAUCAAAACUGGUUUGAGCGACAGGGAUGCAAGAUUGGCGUCGAUAGGAGUUGGGGGUAUGUUGUUCAUAAUGGCCUUAGUGUCUAUACCUUUAAUGGAUCGUCUCGGCAGACGUACGCUUCAGUUGGUAGGUCUGGGUGGUAUGACAGUUUUCUCAGUGCUAAUGACAAUAGCUUUCUUUACCUACGAGAAUAACACAACGAUGAGUGUAUUUGCUGUUAUAUUUACGUUAUUGUACGUCGGUUUCUUCGGCGUUGGACCAAGUUCGAUACCUUGGAUGAUUCUGUCUGAACUCUUCAGUCAGGGCGCCAGGAGUGCUGCCGUCAGUGUAGGCGCCCUUGUCAACUGGUUAGCCAACUUCAUAGUCGGCCUCACCUUUAUACCUCUAUCAGAUGCCUUAGGUAACUUCGUUUUCUUGCCAUUCACUGUAUUAUUGAUAAUAUUCUACGCGUUCACGUAUUUCAAGUUGCCGGAGACCAAAAAUAGGACAAUCGAAGAGGUUACCGCUAUAUUUAAGAAGUAA